CGACAUUUGGCUUUUUACUCUGCAAUAAUCAGUUACUGCAUAUUGCUACAUUGCGCUUACAACCAGGGAAAUGGAGGAGCCACGACCCGAGCCCCAGGGUUCAGGGGAAAAUGCGCCGGCGCCACAAGCAGCAGCUGCUGGCGAGGAGGUUGUCACAGUGGAAGCAAAGGCGGCGGCUUGUACUGCAUGCGGUGAUGACGCGCCGGCAGCCGCUGGCGAUGGUGCGGUUUUGGCGGGGACGGCGGCUGCAGCUGGCGGAGGUCGGCCCAAGGACCGUGCCAAGCGGAGCGUCGCCCUGCACACGGGCUACGUCGGAACAGGCUUCAAGGGCUCCUCCAUCAACCGGACUCUCGGCGAGAAUGUCACUAUUGAGCAGGUUCUGGAGAAGGCGCUCUUCGCGGCGGGCUGCAUCAGUGAGGCCAACUUCGGCUCGUUCUCCAAGAUCAGGUGGAGCCGCGCCAGCCGCACCGACAAGGGCGUGCACUCGCUGGGCACGGUGAUGGGGCUGCGCAUGCUGGUGGACGACGCCAAGUACGUGGCCGGCCCCGACGGCGACUGCGAGGGGCUGGCACUGGCCGAGGCCGUCAACACACACCUGCCGCCGCAGAUCCGUGUGUUCACGGUGCAGAAGACCAACAAGAAGUUCUCGGCCCGCCACAUGUGCGAGGGCCGCGUGUACCAGUACUACUUACCGGUGUCCAUGAUUGACCUCAAGUGUGAUGGCAGCGAGGAGGACGCGCAGCGCCUGGCCAAGUUUCGCGACGCGCUCAAAUGCUACGAGGGCUCGCACCCCUUCCACAACUUCACGAAGCGGGUGACGUACCAGCCGGGCGGCAGCAAUGUGCAGUUCCGGCCAGGGCGCGGCAAGCGCGGCCGGGGCGACGGCGACGACAGUGCCCCAGCGGCCGCUGACGCCGGCACGGAGGGAGACGCCAAACAAGAGCCGCAGGCUGCGGAUGCUGCUGCGGGCGACGCGGCUGCAGCUGAUAAGGAGGCGGGGGCAGCGGCGGGACCUGAAGCUGCUGACACGGCCGCCGCUGACCAGCAAGCGGCAAAGGGCACGGAGCCGGAGGCAAAGCGACAGAAGCAGGACCCGGAGGCUGCACAGGCGGCGGGAGCGGAUGGGGCCGGCGAGCGCGGCGGGCGGGGCCGCGGCGGACGCGGCGGGCGGGGCGCCGGCGGGCGGGGCGGGGGCGGCGGGCGCAAGCGGCGGGGCAGUGACGACGAGGACGAGGAGGAGGAGGAGGACGAGGAGGGUGGUGCCGGGGAGCUGGAUGACGACGAUGACAUGGCGGCGGCGGCGGCGGCGGCGGCCGCACAGGAGGGCAAGGCCGGCGAGCCGAACAGCGGCAACGCUGCUGACGGCGACGGUGUGGUGGGUCGCUACGGCCCCUACGGCCGCGUGCUGCUGCUGCGCUGGCAGACCGAGGUGGACCCCCGGGACCGCAUCACGCAGACCUUCUACCGCCGCAUCUACUCCUUCACGGCAGCCGACCCCAAGCCGAUGGUGGAGGGCGGCGAGCCGUGUCUGCUGCUGGAGGUGUCGGGGCAGUCCUUCAUGCUGCACCACAUCCGGCACAUGAUCGGCGCGGCCGUGGCCGUCACCCUGGGACUCAUCAGCAAGGAGGUGCUGUUGGGCUCCCUGACGCCCCCCGCGCGCGUGACGCUGCCGCGCGCCCCGCCGCACACGCUGCUGCUGUCCGAUUGCAGCUUCGGCCGCUUCCCCGCGCAGCAGGGCCCCGGUGACAACGACCUGCGCAACAUCACGGGCGAGCGGCUGAGCCUGCGGGAGGGCGGCCAGCAGCGCAAGGAGGCGUUCCGAAACGAGGUGCUGCUGCCGGCUCUGCAGCAGCUGGUGGCGCUGCCGGAGUGGCAGCAGUGGAAGGCGUCCAUGUAUCAGGUGUUCCCCUUCCCCGAGGCUGCUGUCGAGGAAUUUGUCGCGGGCUACCGGCCCUUUGCGGAGCGCCAGGAGCAGAAGCGAAAGGAGAAGGAGGAGCACUGGCAGAAACGGCUGGAGGCCGGAGAGGUGGAGGAGGGAGACCGCGACGAUGAGGAGGACGAUGAGGAGGAGGGCGGCGAGGGCGGCCAAGGGCGCCGGCGGCAUGGUGGUGGGCGUGGCGGGAGAGGCGGGCGUGGUGGUGGCGGCGGCGGCUGGCGUGGCGGCCGUGGUCGGGGUGGCGGUGGCGGACGUGGGUGGGGCGGACGGCGUGGUGGCCGCGGCGCUUGGUGAGGAUAUGGUGUGAUGACCGUGACCGCGUGGACUUGUGGGAGGUCUGCGACCGCGUGGAAUGGUGUGUGUGUGUAUAUGUGUGUGUGUGUGUGUGUGUGUGUGUGUGUGUGUGUGUGUGUGUGUGUGUGUGUGUGUGUGUGUGUGUGUGUGUGUGUGUGUGUGUGUGUGUGUGUGUGUGUGUGUGUGUGUGUGCGGUCUCUGCGCAAAGCACGGGCUGAGCCGUUGGUGCUGCCGUGACGCCCGAGGAGCUGAAGGCAGAGUGAGCUGAUGCCGACUGGGUGGAUGGCGUCAAGGCAGAUACGUAGGGCGUGCGGCUUGGUGGAGGCGAGUUUGAUGGAUUGCGCAUGCUGGAUUGAGACGCGAUGCAGAGCCGAGCCAUCUGUGAUGAGGGCGCAACUCGCAUGUGUGCGAUUGGACAGGGUGAGGGGCAACUGGCAUGUGUGUGGUGGCGUGGCCGUGUAAGACCACGGUGGUAUAUCUGGCACCGCGACAUGCCGCUCCCUCCAUCCGGCAUGUGCAUGUCUUCCGGCAGCUAUAGCACAUACCCAGCACAACCUGCCUUGCACCCUGUCCCAUCACACACCCAGCACUCUGCGCGUUGCAGCCGCAGCCAUGCACCACGCAACGGUAAGCUAACACAGCAGAGGUGUUGCGCCGACGGGACUGUGCCAAGGUCCAGUUGAGCAAUUUCCAGGAUUACACGCUCUGCGUCUGGGUAUGCCACUCGCACGUCUCAUCAGGCACGUUUCUUGUGUGCAGGUCCAGGCAGGGUAGCGGGAGGUAGGCGCAUAUAACCAGGUGACCCAGCUCUUAGCCAUUCAAGUACUCGGACGCAUUCGCAGCGGGCCUAUCAUGACGCUAGCGGAGUCUUCACUCAAAUGAAAGCCCACCCCAUGCGCAUGCCAUGCGGGUCACGCCUCUUGUUAUUCUUCCGCUCAUCAGUAACCAGUGACUCAGUGACUCUGCCCUCUUAUUUAGCGUCCACGCCGCUAUCACUCGGUGGCGCAGGAUGCACCAAGAACCGUGAUGCGUACCGUACACUCGUACGCCGACACCGGUGUAGACAGUUUAUUGCUUAUAGCGCGAGUUUGACCGUUCCUUGACCGACCCCGCUGCCUAUCCAACCACACAAGCCUCUAGGGCUCAGCCCCUAGCCUUACGAGCCUCGGCUCGUGAGGAAGCGCACAACAUUUUCGUUGGCGGCUUUGGCUUUCGUUACUAACUUUUUGUAGCCUUUUGCGGGCUCUGUGAGGCUUUACGACUUGGUUACGACUUGGUUUGGAUGGCUUCGGCCUUGGGUGGGUGCGUCGCGCCCUGUUUUCGGCAUCGCGCGUUCUGUGGCGGCUGGCCGCGUCUGGGUGGCCGGCCGCGCUCGUUCUGCUCUGUGGUCGCUUUUUGGUUUCGUGUGUGCAGGUUACGGGUGGCCCUGGUGGUCGCUCGUGGCCCGGCGCAAGCUUCGAUGUUCCGUGGUGCUCCUCGGCGCCUCUCCUCGUGCCGCCUGGCCCGCCGUCGUCUCCACCGGCGGCCUUGCUGGCUCAGCAGAUAGUUAGGUUGCGGGUGCCGUUCGUAGCAUGGCGGUUCAGGGACCGUUAGGCAGCAGGUGACGCUGGUCGGGUAGUCCCGGGUGUCGGGUUGUGAGUGCCCGGGCGGCUGUUGCCCGGGCGCCCGGGCGGCUGGUGCUCCUGUUCGCCUCCGGGCGCGCGCGUGCCUGUUUGAUGGGUCGGUCUAGUUCGCUGGUGGGGCGGGUGGAGGGCGGUGUGCCCGUGGCGAGGUGUUGUGGUGUACUGGUGGUUUGGUCAGUUUCCGGCUCGGUUUCCCUUUGUGGUGCCUCGGCACCGACGUUUCCGGACAUGGGCCUCCGGGCCAAGACAUUGCGCGUCUGUGACGCCGACGAGAAAAUGUGUGGUGCUUGCGUUUGAUGGGGAUGUCGGCAGACCUCUGGCCUGUCGCGCCUUGUUGUGCGUGGGUGCUGCCGCCAAAAGACCUAAACGAGAUGAGGGGUGUUACGUGGCGGUGGGGCUUUGGCGGGCUUCGGCUUGGCUUCGACU